UUAGCACCAGAUUAGGUCGAUCACAGUACAGUCAACUUUGUAGCCUGACUACCUCUCUAGAACUAAACCAUGGCGCUUCAAGCGAGAGCUCUGGUCUCCUCUAAAUGGCUGACUGAGGCUGUGCAGCUGCAGGUGCAGCUCCAGAGGAAAAUGCGCAUCUUGGACUCUUCUUGGUUUUUGCCCAAACUGCGGCGCAACGCAAGGAGCGAGUUCAAGAAGAGGCACAUCCCGGGCGCAGCUUUCUUCGACAUAGACCAGUGUUGUGAUAAAACGUCUCCUCUGGACCACAUGCUGCCGUCAGAGAAGAGCUUUGCAGAUUAUGUGGGUAGGUUGGGGAUAGAGCGAGACACGCACGUGGUGGUGUACGACGCCAGCGAGUUCGGCGCGUUCUCUGCGCCGCGCGUCUGGUGGAUGUUCCGUGUGUUCGGGCACCGCGAGGUGUCGCUGCUCAACGGAGGGCUCCGGACCUGGCAGCUGGAGGAGCGACCGGUGAGCGACCGGUACGUCAGACCUACACCGGCCGAGUUCAGGGCCUCUCUGAACCGCUCCUGGAUCAAGACCUAUGAGGACAUCCUGGAUAACCUGGACACCAAAAGGUUCCAGGUGGUGGACGCCAGGCCAGCGGGCAGGUUCAGAGGCCUGGACCCUGAACCCAGAGACAGUGAGUAUAGUCUGCAAUGAUGACUCUGUUCUCUUCAGGUCUCCAGCAGGCUGAACGCAGCUAUACAUUAUGGAUCCUAUUCACAGGAAGAUUGUUUAGGUAGAUUAUUACUAAAGGUCUGUGGAGGACGGAACCUGCCAAAAUAAAA